AAGUUGGGAUUCGCAGUGUAGCAUGCGGAGAAACUGAAUGAUGAGACUCUGUUGUGAGUACUCUGCUAGUAAAAUUACUCAGAAGCUUUGUCAUUGAUUGUCUAAGUCUUCCGAUCGUGCUCAACUUGCUCGUGGGAAGUGUCUUUCAUGUCCGUGAGAGGGAGGCGAUCAUUAUGACUGAGCCGGUGCAUUCAUUUGCAGGCAUUGAGCUAAACAGGGGUUAUUGACAUCGGAGGACAGUUGUUGAGGUUAGCGCGCGCUUUUCUUGCAGCAUUUGGUAGAGAGAUUUUAGGUGGGUGGUGAUGGGGGGUUCGUGUUUGACCAGCAACUUUGUGUCUGUAGGAGAUGCAUUCGAAGGAUUGCUGUUGGGUUUCAUUGUGAUGUAGAAUUUUUUCGGUGUAGCGGAGUAUUCCAGGUUGUGUGCGGGCAGAGAUGCAAUCGUCAUGGAAGGCAGUGCUGGAGGUGACGAAGACGGCGUUGGCGCAGAAUGAUCCUCCUCUGGUAUGGGGUGCGGAUGUAGCCACCUGCAUCCAUGAGCAAGGCACUGGAUUGCCUAGUGUUGAGCUUUCUCCUAUUCUAUUACGUUGCCUCUUGAGAGGCGCCUCUAAUGGCCCGAACUUUGCUACCAUGUGGAGCUAUAUCCAGCACGCCUUGUCCUGUCACAUGGUCUCCGCUCUCCACAUGAUUGCUCUUCUCACAAGCAGGAUCAUACCAACUCGUCAACAGCAACCUGAAAUGUACAAAGUGUAUUUGGAUCUCACAGGCACCUAUGUAUUUUCCUUCUCAUCCACCAAGCUCAUGCCAUGUCGAGACAGGUAUGUCAUUUGGCACAGGGUUGUAAAGGCCGUAGACGAAUCCUUACAGUUGUCUAAGUCGCCGGAGGCUCCUAUUACGGAAGUAGGGGUAGUGAUUGUGCAUUUUCUUUUCACCCUGGUGGCGCGACUGGCGGAGGCCGUGUAUGAAGAUUGGAAAUCAAAUAAAGGAGUUAUGCAUGGUCAGAUGAUGCACCCUGGACAUGAAGAGAAGGGUGAAAUGGGGAUAGAACAGCUGAAGAGGACUAAUAGCUUGGCAGCAGUGCACCUUAUGGCUAGAAUCAUGCACAACAAGCGCACUGCAGGAAUUCUUCGCAUCGCUCGCCGGAAUUUGCAAGACCAGUGGGCAUUAUUUGUGCAAAGGUUGCAAAUGGUGGAGUCGUUGACCAAUGAUCCUUCAUCCAUGGCACCCAAAGAGACUGUAGAGGCGUUGGGACUAUUAGCAAAUGCUAUUCAACAAGGCCUUCGUCCAGAAUGGCGCCCGUCGCAGCUGCCAGUCAUCCGAUCGUUGCUGCCCACCCACUCUCGGUCUUGGUCCUUCGGCAAUGCAGGUGGGCUGGGCCAGAGCUCAUUAUGGCUUCCAUUUGAUAUUUAUAUGGAAGCUGCUAUGGAGGGACGUCGCCUUUCUACAAGUUCCAAUUCAGAGAUAUUGGCUGAUGCGAUGAAAGCUAUGCAAUCCGUACAUGCUGCGAAUUGGGUGGAUUUAUUUUUGGGUCUUUGGACAGCAGCUUUGAGAUUAGUCAAAAGGGAUCGUGAAUCUUUUGAAGGGCCUAAUCCACACGUGGAAUCACGCUUGUGUAUGCUGUUAUCUAUUUUACCAAUUGCAUCGGGCAUCGUGAUUGAGGAAGAAGAGAAAGGGCAAUUACACCCUGAGAAUAUAUCUGGAGAUGACAAAGAAAGAAAAGUUGUAGGAGGUCGACGUGCUGCGUUGGAGACAUGCCUCAAGGUUCUUGGCCAGUUUGAGUCUCUUUUGAUACCUCCAGCCGUUGCAGUUACUGCAGCUAACCAGGUGGCUGCGAAGGUGGCUGCUUUUCUGAGCUCUGGCGUGCAAAAUUUGGCUGCAGAUGUCAGCAAUUCUGGAAAGUCUGCAGUUGGAAAUAUGCGGCACUUGAUCGUGGAUGCGUGUAUAGCCAGAGGUUUGAUGGACAAAACGGCGUACUUCUGGCUUGGAUCCGGAGGUUCGCUUACAAAUGUUCCUGCAUCUCCUUCCCAACCGUCUCCUUGGUCAGCAUUCAUGGAGGGAGCUCCCCUCACCGGUUCCUUACGGGCUGCACUAAUGUCAAGUCCUGCUGGAAGUGUUGCAGAGUUGGAAAAGGUCUAUAAGACAGCCAUUCUUGGUCCCGAAGAGGAAAGGGCAGCAGCAGCGAGCAUCCUUUGUGGGGCAUCCCUCGUCCGCAGCUGGACAGUACAGGAACUUGCAGUGCAUUUUGCAGUGCAACUUUUGUCUCCACCGGUUGGUGACAACUGGGGUGGGAACAGUGGUAACGCACUAAUUGGCCAUGCGCCUAUGUUGUAUGCUGCACUUCAAGGCAUGAAUAAUGCUGAUGCGCUCAAUGUACUCUCCUUAUUUGGCAUGUUCCCAGAAAUGGCAGCAUCUCUUUUACCCAUCUGCGAGGUAUUUGGAUCGAUCACCAACGCAAAGCCGGUCGCAACAAGUAAUGGGGAGGAGCUUUCAGCUCAUAUGGUCUUCACUGUGGCCUUCCUACAACUUGUCAAGUUGUGGAAGUUCCACCGACCUCCUUUGGAACAUUGCUUGCUGGGCAGCGGAGCUGGUCUCGGUGCAGACUUGAGCCUUGAGUAUCUACUCCAGCUACGUAACAUGCAACUGGCCUCUCCAGCCAAGCAGCGCAUGCAAGUGCUUGGGUCAACUUACACGUCUCCACCAAAUUCUGCAGUCAUUACGUUAGACUCUUUCCCGCGGCUUCGGAUUUGGUAUAUGCAGCACCAAGCGUGUAUCUCUUCAACAGUCACAGGCUUGGUUCGCAACAACCCUGUGCAUUCAGUGGGAGAUCGCUUGCUUGCUAUGAUGUUCAAGAAGGUGAACAAAUCAAGCUCCGCUCCUUCAACACCAAAUGAGGACGUUGCUGGCAGACCAGUUUUGUGUGCGUGGGAUAUUAUUGCAGCUGCACCAAUUGUAUUGGAGUAUGCACUGACAGCGUGCUCUCAUGGCACGCUCCCCCCUCGCGAUUUAACCACAGGACUUCGGGAUCUGGUCGAUUAUCUUCCAGCUACUAUUGCGACUAUUGUUAGCUACUGCUCCGCAGAGUGCACCAGGGGUCUGUGGAAGUAUGCUUCAAUGAACGGACAGGACUGGCCCAGCCCUGCCGCUAAUCUUCUAAGCAUACAAGGCGAGGUGAAGGAUAUUCUGGCAGCUGCUGGUGUUCACACUUCAAGUCCAUCUGGUACGGGGGGAGGGAAUGCGCCCGUGUCAAUACCUCUACCGCUUGCAGCUCUUAUAGGUUUAACCAUCACGUUCAAGCUGGACAAGUUCGGCGACACGGUGCUAAGCGUUGCAGGUCCUGCCCUAGAGAGCUGCUCUGGUGCAGGCCCUUGGUUCAGCAUGCAAGUAGUUGCAGCUCUCUGGGCCCAGAAAGUUAAGAGAUGGCACGACUAUAUCGUUUUUGCUGGUUCAUGCCACAUAUUCAAACAAAGCAAGCCCGCCCUCUUGCAACUCCUCAAAAGCUGCUUCGCCGUCACCCUUUCCACCUCAGGAGCUCUCGGUUCCAAGCUCCAAUCUCAUGGUGGUGUAGGGGCUCUUCUUGGCCACGCAGCAUGUUCCCCAUACGCUCCAGGAAUCCUAUACCUCCGAUCAUACUCUACACUCCAUGACAUCAUGUUUCUAAGCGACGAAACCUUGGUUCUCGUCGCUGAAGCAGUCGGAGAAUUAGGAGGUCAUGUUACUGAAGGAGAGUUGCUCGGUCAUGCAAAUCGUCUACGGUGCGUCCAAGGCUCCAUGUCCACCUCCAUGUCGAGAGUAAUCCAAGCUUCCUCUCUAGGAGCCUCUCUGCUAUAUGUCUCCGGGGGAACCACGCUCGUAACUAAGCUCUUCACUGAGAGCAUUCCGACUUGGUUCCUCGCCAACAGUGGCUCCAAAGGCAGCCAAGCACCUGGCGGCUUGAUUCUAGAGGGUUAUGCUAUAGCCCACUUUGCUCUCUUGUCAGGGGCUCUCGCAUGGGGUGUCUCUGGCUCUAAUGCAGGAUUAUCUGUAGACUCGGGAGUUCCGGUCUUGAUGCGAAGGCACCAUGUGCUGGGCUCUCACAUGGAGUUUCUGGCAUCAGGACUGGGAGGUGAUCUGGCGGUGAGCUGUGAGCAAACUCUAUGGAGGUCGUAUGUGGUGGGGUUUCUGGCGCUAAUGGUUACGUGUACGCCUACGUGGAUAUUGGAGCUCAAAAUUGAGACGUUAAGGAAGCUUGCAACAGGGUUGAGGUUUUGGCAUGAGCAUGACUUGGCUGUGGCUUUGUUGGAGAGAGGGGGGCCGUCGGCUAUGGGAGCAGCAGCAGAACUUACUCUAGGUUAGGAGGUGGAAGAUUAGUGUAAAUCGUAUUGUUUUCUUUUGUACAGUAUUUUGCACUUGGUUUUCGUUCUUGGUGGUGGUUUUGUGAAUGUCUGGGUCAUGAUAUUUGUUUGUAUAUUACUCCGCUGUGGGUAUUUUCCCAAUCAAUGUAAGAGGUAGUUUGAAUAAGAGGCAGAUGCCAACUUUAAUUUUA